AUCAAUUGGACGAUCUUCAACGAGCUGUUGCUCAUGGACGAGGACGAGCCUGGGUUCUCCAAAUCGCUGAUCCAGACGUUUAUAGAGCAGGCCACGCAGACCUUCGAGUCCAUAGAGACGGAGCUCGAGGCCGAGGAGCCCGAUCUGAACAAGCUGUCACAGUAUGGACACUUCCUGAAGGGCUCUGCCGCAAGCCUGGGACUGUUCAGGAUACAGGAGCAGUGUGAGCGGAUCCAGAACUACGGGCUGAAGAAGGAC